AUGGCUUUCUAUCUUUUCAAACUUGUUCGCAGAAAGAUUAGAGAGAGCAAAGCUAAAGAUGCGAUCCCCAAUACCAAGGACACUGAAAUGGUCGAACCUUACCUUAUACCACAAGCUGCGGUUGGUCAGGAACAACAGCAGACCUCUGUCAGGCAUGAGCUGGAACAUGGAACGAGUGACACCACCACGCAUAGCAACAGUCAUGUCAAAGCCUUCAGCGAUGAAACGGACGCACGGCACAAGGAGGAGGCACGCAGCUUCAACUGGAUCGUCGCCGCGUAUACCCUUACUUUCACCACCUUUGUCCCAGCUUCAGGACAACUCGCAGAUAUCUACGGUCGCCACUUUGCACUCCAGUUUGAGAUGUUCUGGAUCCUAAUCGGCAGCGUGCUCUGCGCUACUGCUCAAUCAUGGGGCAUGCUUCUUCUCGGACGGGCACUGCAAGGCCUUGGAUCUGCAGGCAUCAUGAGCUUGAGCCGCAUCAUAUUAUCCGAUGGUGCAACGCUUGCGGAGACGGCAACGAAUAAUUCGAUCAUCUCGCUAAUAAGUGGUGUCAGGUAUGUUGGCACAAACAAUCCACAUGUCGAUUACGCGAUUGGCCCAGUUAUCGGAGGAUACAUCGCGGAUGCCGGCUGGCGUUACGUCUUUGUAUUACCCGUCGGUGUCGCCGUCCUCGCAAUGGUCAUGAUCUUCCUCCUCAUGCGCAAAGAGCUCGUGCAAGGCCGCGUGACUGCUAAAGCGGGAGAAUCUCGACGACUCGGAUACAUCAGCGGUCUCCGCAUCAUCGAUUGGCCUGGCAUGAUCAUGUUCAUCCUGGGCAUUGGGCUCAUCAUUCUCGCUAUACAAUGGGGUGGUACCUCGUAUGCCUGGAGCGACGCCGCAACUGUCGCACCUUUGGUCAUCGGCGCAAUUCUCUGCAUUGGCUUCUUCGUGUACGAAUACCUCCUGGGUCCAGACCGGGUGGUAGCUCGCAUAUUCCCCAAGCAGAUUCCUAUGAUCCCAUCCACAUUGUUUAGGAAGAAAGACACAUCCCUCCUCAUGAUCGUCAACUUCAGCGCCGGAAUCUCACUCGUCUCCGCGUUUUACUUCAUCUCAUACUACUGGCAACUCGCCGAGGGCUACUCGCCGUCCAAAGCCGGUACCCAACUCCUCUACUUCACGCCCGGCCUCGGCGUGGGUGUCUACCUCGCGAGUUUCCUGUGCAGAGUCUGGCCGCGCCAGACCUUCUUCCCGCUACUGUGGGGAUCGAUUGUCGAAGGCGUGGGUCUCUCUCUGCUCGCAUAUUCCGUGUCCAUCAGGGAUACGACUAUGGUCAAGGUUUUCCUUGGCGUAUCGGGCGCGGGAACGGGUCUGCGCUUCAUGCCUGUUGUCCUCCACGCUGCGGGGAUCUGGAGCACAAGGAUUCCGAGCAUGCAGAGUUUGUUGAGCUUCAUGCUGCCGCUUGGUGAGACGAUUGGAAUCUCGAUGAUGGGAGCUGUGUUUUCGAAUAAACUCAACACGGGACUGCGGGACAUUGCAUCGCGGACGAAGGGACUCAAUCUUCCUUCCUCGGGACCACCGAGUUUCGCUGUCCUGAACAGCUUGCCAGCGGCUACGCAGAUGGAGGUACAAAACGCCGCUUCGAAAGCGGUUAUGUGGUCUUUGAUCUCGGUACUUCCGUUCGUGGGCCUCUCGAUUGUUGCGUCUGUUUUGCUGGGCAAUGUAUGGAUCGGGAAGCCAGCAGAAAAGGCGAAAGACGACAAGCCUGCACGUGCAGAGGAGAAGGGUCAGGUCAUGUAUGGAUUGUACAUACCCGCUCUGAUCACUGGAACUUUGGCGGGACAGAAGCGGGAACUGGAGGCCAGUCUUGAUCGGGAGGAUGAAGUGCGAAGCGAGAGGUCUGCCGAUGUUGAAGCUGUGGCGCAACCAAUGACUGCGCAUAUUGGUGUUCGACAGCCGUGGGUAUGA